GGAGCAUCAGAAGGAAGCUGACUGGCUCUUGAGCUCUUUCCUCUGUUGAACGUUCACUGGGUACUCAAUGGGAAUAUAAUUUUCUUUUCUUCUACCCUAGCUGCUUUCCAAACCAUGAAGCUAAUAAGCUUGUUCAUCUUGAUAGCAUUUAUAGGAGAAUUUCAAGUGUUCUCAAGUGCGCCCUCUCCAGUUAAUUGCCAGUGGAACUCCUAUGGCCCUUGGUCAGAAUGCAAUGGUUGUACCAAAAUUCAGACCCGAAGGCGGUUGGUUGGUGUGUAUGGGCAGUACGGGGGCCUUCCCUGUGCCGGAAGCACUUUUGAAACUCAAUCAUGUAAACCUAUACGAGGUUGUCCAACAGAAGAAGGAUGUGGAGAGCGUUUCAGAUGUUUUUCAGGUCAGUGCAUUAGCAAAUCUCUGGUUUGCAAUGGGGAUUCUGACUGUGAAGAAGAUAGUGCUGAUGAAGACAAAUGUGAUGACGUAGAGAGUAAACCUUCCUGUGAUAUCGAUAAACCUCCUCCUAACAUAGAACUUACUGGAAAUGGUUACAAUGCACUCACUGGCCAGUUUAGGAACCAAGUCAUCAACACUAAAAGCUUUGGUGGUCAAUGCAGAAAGGUAUUUAGUGGAGAUGGAAGAGAUUUCUACAGGCUGAGUGGAAAUAUUCUCUCUUAUACAUUUCAGGUGAAAAUAAAUAAUGAUUUUAAUUAUGAAUUUUACAAUAGUACCUGGUCUUAUGUAAAACAUACAACAAUAGAUCAAACAUCAACUUCAAGGAAGAAGUCCUUCUUUAGCUCUUCAUCAUCAUCUUCAUCUUCUCAUAGUUCAAACAUGCUUAAAGAUCAUAAGCAAAAGAGUUACCAUUUGAUGGUUGUUCAGAACACUGUUGAAGUGGCUCAGUUUAUCAAUAACAAUCCGGAAUUUUUGCAACUUGCGGAGUCCUUUUGGAAGGAACUCUUCCAUCUUCCCUCUCUGUAUGAUUAUAGUGCCUACCGAAGACUAAUCGACCAGUAUGGAACACACUACCUCCAGUCUGGGUCAUUAGGAGGAGAAUAUCAAGUUCUGUUUUAUAUGGAUUUCGAAAAACUCAAACAACUUGAUCUGAAGUCAGAGGAUUACAAAGAAUGUACCUCUUCAAGUUCUUGGUUUGUGUUUUAUGAAUCUUCAAGUGUUAACUGCAAGUGGCUGGAAGACGCCUUAAAAUCUGUUUCAGGAACCGGGAGCAAUGUAGUGAAAGGGAAUCCAUUCGUCAGAGGAGGAAGUGCUGGUUUGGUGGCUGGCCUGAGUUUCCUAGAGCUUGACAAUCCAGCUGGAAAUAGACAGCGAUAUGCUUCUUGGGCAGGAUCUGUGACUAAUCUUCCUCAGGUUAUAAAACAAAAGCUGACACCUUUGUAUGAACUGGUCAAAGAAGUACCCUGUGCCUCUGUGAAGAGACUGUACCUGAAACGAGCUCUUGAGGAAUACCUGGAUGAAUUUGAUCCCUGCCAUUGUCAGCCUUGUCAGAACGGUGGCAUGGCCAUUGUGGAAGGGACCCAGUGUCGUUGCUUUUGCAAACCAUACACAUUUGGUAUGGCCUGUGAGCAAGGAUUCCUUGUCGGAGAUCAAGCAGGAGGAGUUGAUGGGGGUUGGAGUUGCUGGUCCUCUUGGGGUCCUUGUGUUCAAGGGAAGAAAACAAGGAGCCGAGUGUGCAAUAACCCAACUCCUAGUGGAGGUGGGAGAUCCUGUGUGGGAGAAACUUCAGAAAGCAGAGCCUGUGAUGAUGAGGAACUGGAGCAUUUUCGAUUGCUAGAACCACAUUGCUUUCCUCUGUCUUUGGUUCCAACAGAGUUCUGUCCAUCACCUCCUGCUCUGAAAGAUGGAUUUGUUCAAGAUACUAGCACUAUGUUUCCUGUUGGGAAAAGCAUAGCGUAUACAUGCAAUGAAGGCUAUUCACUUAUUGGAGAUCCUGUAGCCAGAUGUGGAGAAAAUUUGCAAUGGCACCUUGGGGAAAUGAGUUGUCAUAGAAUUGCCUGUGUUCUGCCAACACUGAUGGAUGGUCUUCAGAGCCACCCGAGCCAGCCCUUCUAUGCAGUGGGCGAGAAGGUGACCUUUUCCUGUUCGGGCACCAUGUCCUUAGAAGGUCCUUCAACCUUUCUCUGUGGCUCCAGCCUGAAGUGGAGUCCUGAGAUGAAGAGUGUUCGGUGUGUGCAAAAAGAUACCCCUUUGACACAAGCAGUGCCUAUAUGUCAACGUUGGGAAAAACUGCAGAAUUCACGAUGUGUUUGUAAAAUGCCCUACGAAUGUGGAUCCUCCUUGGAGGUAUGUGCUCGAGAUGAGAGAAGCAAAAGGAUAUUGCCUCUGACAGUUUGCAAGAUGCAUGCACUCGGUUGUCAGGGUAGAAAAUACACUCUCAUUGGAAUGGAGAGCUGUACCCUGCCUGCCUCAACUGAGAAAGCUUGUGGUGCAUGUCCAUUAUGGAGCAAAUGUGAUGCCCAGAGCAGCAAAUGUGUCUGCAGAGAAACAUCAGAAUGUGAGGAAGAAGGGCUUAGCAUUUGUGUGCAAGUGGAUGGCCGGGAGCAGACAAUGACAGAGUGUGAGGCUGGUGCCCUGAGAUGCCGUGGACAAAGCAUCUCCAUCACCAGCAUAAGGCCCUGCACAACAGGAGCCCAGUAGACUCUCAGGGGCUCAGCAUGGUCAGCUGCCUAGGGAUACUUUAGGCUGUAGUGAUCCAGCUCAGCUCUGCAGAACUGAACUGUAGCCAGCUCUUCCAGCACUGCUCAUACUGGUUCUUUCCCUGCAGCUUCUUCUUUCCUCAAUUCCCAGCCUAAACACACAUCCCUAUGCUCUCCCAAACCCGAAUCUAGAUAUUCUUUUUGAUUUUCUCUUUUAAAAGCUGUCAAUCAGGAUGAAGACUAUUCAGAAUCUUUGCCUGAGUAAGAGCUGUGUGUUCUUGAAAAAAAUUGCCAAUUUCCUUAGAAAUUUGACUUUUUAAUUUGAAAACUAAAGGACUAGAUUAGGGAUUCUUGAAUGCACUGUUAAGUCCAUUGAUGCUAUUAAGCAUAACCGAACCCGCCCAUGGUUUAGAACAAAACUUGACAUUAGGGAAACAGAAAAACUAAGAGGCUUUCUUGAGUGAAGUGGAAUGAGUGAGUGAAGUGGAAUGAGUACAAAGGGGUCCUCAAAUGAGAAAAGAUAGAUACAUUUAAAGCAGUACAAAAAAUAAAAUAAUAAAGCUGAUUUCACCGUG